UAGAAGAGGAGAGUAUUUAUUACAGAGACACGGAGAGAGAGUUGGAGAGCCGAGCUUGAAAUUGCCUAGGUGAAAUUGGGAGCCUUAAACUUUCCAAAACCAAGGAACUUUUUUUCUUCUUCUGAGAGGCAGAGAGAAAGAGGGGACAGAGAGGGGGCUAAUAAGACUAACUCCAAACUUUCCCACCCCCUUUUGACUAUCCUCAGAGCUGGGUUCAUGCACGUCUCUGAGAGCAGAUCGCUUCAGCAGCAACUUUUCAGUGGGCUGUGAACAAACUUUUUUUUUCUCCUGCCAGCUGCUGUUCACCAGGCAAAACUUUCUUGUUUCUUUUGCAAAGUUUUUGCUGCCUUCCUUCUCUCCCCCACCCCCAACUCCCUCUUCCAUCCCUUCCUAGCUUCCUCCACCACAAACCCAGCUGGUUUUAAAGAGGCUUUGCCACUUUAGUGCUCUUUUUUAAAUCCCUCCCUCCCCCCUCCUUUCCCCCCACCCCUUGAUUUUCAUCCCACUGUUUUUCCCCUCUGCCGCUUUCUCGCAUGAAUCUCCUAGACCCCUUCAUGAACAUGACAGAAGAGCAGGACAAAUGCAUCUCUGGCGCCCCUAGCCCCACCAUGUCGGACGACUCCGCGGGGUCCCCCUGCCCUUCUGGCUCCGGAUCGGACACGGAGAACACCAGACCGCAAGAAAACACUUUCCCCAAGGGCGAUCCGGAUCUGAAGAAAGAGAGCGACGAGGACAAAUUCCCGGUGUGCAUCCGAGAGGCGGUCAGCCAAGUCCUGAAGGGUUACGACUGGACCCUGGUCCCCAUGCCGGUCCGUGUGAACGGAUCCAGCAAAAACAAGCCCCACGUGAAGAGACCCAUGAACGCCUUCAUGGUGUGGGCACAGGCGGCCCGGAGGAAGCUGGCGGACCAGUAUCCGCAUCUGCACAACGCAGAGCUCAGCAAAACCCUGGGCAAACUCUGGAGGUUGCUGAAUGAGAGCGAGAAGCGCCCUUUCGUGGAGGAGGCCGAGAGGCUGCGGGUGCAGCACAAGAAGGACCAUCCCGACUACAAGUACCAGCCCCGGAGGAGAAAGUCAGUGAAGAACGGGCAGUCGGAGCAGGAGGAGGGCUCCGAGCAAACCCACAUCUCCCCCAAUGCCAUUUUCAAGGCCCUGCAGGCGGAUUCUCCUCAGUCUUCCUCCAGCAUGAGCGAGGUUCACUCUCCCGGGGAGCACUCUGGGCAGUCCCAAGGGCCCCCGACCCCUCCUACUACACCCAAAACAGAUGUCCAGCCUGGGAAGCAAGACCUGAAGCGAGAAGGGCGCCCUUUGCAGGAAGGAGGAAGACAGCCGCCCCACAUUGACUUCCGGGAUGUGGACAUUGGGGAACUCAGCAGCGACGUCAUCUCCAACAUAGAGACCUUUGAUGUCAAUGAGUUCGACCAGUACCUCCCACCCAACGGUCACCCUGGAGUCCCGGCCACUCAUGGGCAACCCGGUCAAGUCACCUAUAGUGGCAGCUACGGAAUCAGUAGCACGUCAGCCACUCAAGCUGGAGCCGGGCCCGUUUGGAUGUCCAAGCAACCAUCGCAGCCCCAACAGCAGCCACCGCCGCCCCAGGCCCCGCCCCAGCCGCCGCAUACCAUGACCACCCUGAGCAGCGAACAGGGCCAGUCCCAGCAGAGGACACACAUCAAGACAGAACAACUCAGUCCGAGCCAUUACAGCGAGCAGCAGCAGCACUCCCCUCAGCAGCUCAAUUAUAGCUCCUUCAACCCCCAGCACUACAGUUCCUCCUACCCGACCAUCACCCGCUCGCAGUACGACUACACAGACCACCAGAGUUCCAACUCCUACUACAGCCAUGCGGCCAGCCAGAGCACCAGCUUCUAUUCCACCUUCACGUACAUGAACCCCGCCCAAAGGCCCAUGUACACGCCCAUUGCAGACACUACCGGAGUCCCUUCCAUUCCCCAGACCCACAGCCCACAGCACUGGGAACAGCCAGUCUACACACAGCUUACUAGGCCAUAAGGGCGACAACAACAACAAGAGAGAAAAAAGAACUGUCUCCAACCUUUUUUUUUAAAGACACUAACGCUAAAGAUGAUGAAAAAAGAGAACACAUCAGGCUUUCUGCACUACAGCACCCUUCAGGAAGUGUCCAGACCACUCUGCUGAGAACCAGCAAAACUCGGCACAGACGUUCCAAGGACUGGACUUUACCCUUGAUUCAGGGGCGAGAGAUGAGCUUUCUCACCGGCCAACUCGUCUGCCUGUGUUUGGACUUUUGUAAUUAUUUUUAGCAGUAAUUAAAAGAAGAAGAAAAAAGGAAAAAAAAUACCCAGAGUCCUCUGUGAGGAAUAUUCUCUAUUUUAAAUAUUUUUAGUAUGUACUGUGUAUGAUUCGUUACCAAUUUGAGGGGAUUUAUAUAUAUUUUUAGAGAUUUUUUUUUUAAAUGCUCUUAUUUUUCCAACAGCUAAAACAACACUUAGUGGAGCAGUCCUAGCUUUUCUUGCAGUCAGAGGUAUUUUUGUAUAGAUAAAAGUAAUUUCUUUAAAGAAAAAUAAAACGGUGUGCAUUAAUUAGGAACAAAAACUGUUAAACAGUGAUUGGCAUCAGGCUAAGCUUUGGUCAGCUGUGCAGCCUAGGAGACGCAAGGGGUUAAAAACAAAAUAGGCUUUAUUUUUCUAACUUGGAAGUAGAGAGAGAGCCAGGAGGAGAAUGUGUUCGUUUUAUUUUUUAAAGACCUCGAGCCUUAAAGCAGCGUUGUUGAAAAGCAACCCUGUAAUUUUUUUUUUUCCUCGAGAUUCUUAUACGACUGCCUUCCAGUGCAAGGAGAAAGACAGAGCCCAGACGGGAGGCAGAUCUGAUUUCUGGGAAUACUUAUGUCUGACUCUUUUACCAACAAUCAGCAGCAGAUUAUGAUGCCACAACCAGCAUCACCCUCCUCAGCUUCCUGCUUUGGGGACCAUGUGCACGACAGAUGCUGGAAGCCGCCCAUCACCUCCCCAGCCCUUUAAAGAGCCUUGAGUGCAAACAUUUAGGGCCUGAUCCAAAGCCCAUUAAAGACCCCAAUUGGCGUCAGUGGGCUUUGGAUGAAACCCGCAGGGCACAUUGGAAACAUCAGACACAUUUUAAAUUAUUUAUUUUGUGAGAAAAGCCAAUUUAAUCAAGAUUUUCUUUUUAAAAUCUCCCUUCCAUUUUUUUAACUCCUUUAAAAGCAAUUAGAUUUGUUGGAGUCUUAUUUGGAGGGUACGAUGCCUGUUAAAUUAUGGUCUAAACUGUAACCAGUUCUUUAUUUAUCUCUAAUUCCUUUUUAUUAUUAUUAUUAUUAUUAUUCUUUGGAAUCUGUGUCCUAGGUUUGUACAAACGCGUCCUCUUCCUUUUUUUCUUUUGUUUUAAGGAUAAACUGGAAUUUUGUUUUGUACAAACUAGAGAUUGCAAAUGUAGUGUAUCACUGAAUCAUUUGCCUUGUUUUCUGCCUCAGCUCUUUUGGACACACAAACGUGUGUGUGUGUAUGUGAGACACAAGACACUAUUGACAAAAGCGUGUGUGUCAUCCUGCUAACCUUCCACCCCUUGAUGUUGUUUUGAGGUGGGGACUUUGGUGAAGCUGUGGCUGAACAGUUAAGAAUUGCUUUUUAAAAAAGACAGCAAACUUUUUUUUAUUUAAAAAAAAUGAUAUAUUUGUUAACAGUUGCGGGAAUUUUUUUGUUUUGGGGGUAUUUUUUUUUAGGGAUUCAGUAGAAAAAAAAAUCUUAAAGCACUCAUAAUAUGGCCUCUUUCUAUUUCUGUAUAAAAGCAGAUCUUUUUAAAGUAUUUCUGUAACUUAAAAGACCUGUCAUUUAAAUCAUAUUUUGUCUUUAGGUAAGUUUGUUUUAUUUUGUUUUGUUUGCAAGACCAUUUGUUCUCUUUGUGAAACUUACCUUUUUUGUAUAUUAUUGUUUGCAAUAAAUAUACAUUGUAUUAAAAAUUUUAAAAAG